AUGUCGGGUCAGAUGACCGGGGCGCUCCCUGGUUUACAGCCCAAUACUGUGUCAGUGUCAGUGCUUGGCCGAAAAAAGGCUGAGCUGGACAAAGAGAAAAGGCGGUCGGAUCGGGGAGAUCUAUGGGCGACUGGAAUUUACGACUCAAUCAGUCGGUCUGGUGCAGAGGGCUUGCCAGGCCAGGGCAUCGCCAGCUCGAUAGACCAAUCAGGCCGUCCUCCUCCUGCUGCUGCUGCAGUCCAAGGUCCAGCCGCAAGAAAGAUGCUUCGUGGGGCCACUGGAAAUGCUAUAAAUACUGGGCGUAUGAAGCACUUUCCAAACCUCACCACCCUUUUAAAAUCUAUUCCUCACCCUCCUCCUCGGACAUCCAAUAGUUCGAACAACAAGAAGCCCAACAAGCCUCCCUCCCUUUUCCAAAACCAAGCACAUCUAAGAACAAUGCGUUUCACCCUUGUUGCCGGAGCGCUUGUCCUGAGUGCUUCCAUCUCAGAAGCGCGCUCUAUCGCUCCCAGUCCAUCGAAGAAUCCUCGUACAACCUCGGUCAGAUUAGAAGCUCUCAACGUGCGCAUUGGGACGCCUCUCCGUAUUUCCAAGAGGGCAUCCGUCCAAGGAGGCGAGUGGAACACAAGCGCAACACAACAAGACACCCUUCCAGAAGUAGAUGCGGCCGACUCCACAUCCACCACGCCCGCAGCUCAUCAUGACCCUCCCACCGAAGCUCAUGAGCCGCCCAAGAGAUCUCAUCCCAAGCCCACCAGUGACGGCUCGCGGGUUCACGAAUAUUCUCAGCAUGAAUCAAGACGACGACGAUCACCUUCGGGUGUCUUCAGGACUACAAUCCCUUCGGUCCCAGCAGCAGUCCGGGAGCCACUUGCCUCGACGGUGGAUGGCAACCUUCCGCAAGCAUCACCCUUGUUGGAAAACAUGCAAUUUACGAUCAAGCCGGUCGACGCUGCAACCAAGCUAUCUAACCAACCCGAAGAAGCGCCAGCCUCGCCUAUCUACACCAUCACCCCGAUCACCUCCGGCAUAACAACCACCAUCGCCCAGAAAGUUAAGCCAAGCUCAGCUGCAAUCAACACGGUUGACCGCGUCAAAGCAAGCGGAGAACCUACCACGGCUCUUCUCCAAGCCAUUGAGCACUACCGAGAGGAUGUGACACAAGAAAGCCCAGCUGGCGCUGACACCCUCAACCACCUCCCCAUUCCACAAGUCGACAGAACCGUCGAAUCUUUCGCCCACGGUGUAUCGAGAACGUCUGCAAAUCUUUCUCCUCUGCAGGAUAACACCCCGACAAUCGGCCCUCUGGGAUCCACUUCCAUCAGCGACACCGACGCAGCCGGCCUAUCAAACCAAUAA